ACCGCACUUGGUAGCCGUUGGCCGCAGGUUGUGGAUGAGGACAGAGGUCCGCGCGAACACAAUCUGCCCAGGAAACCAAUCAAUAAAAGGACUUUGAAGUGAAGUUGAUGUUUCAUUUGGGAGCACUUCCCUCAACAUGAGGGACCGUACUUGACUUUGGAUAUUGAACGCAGGCUGGCUGUUGCUAAAAGUUCAAUAUCCAUUUUUCCAGAGUUUCGGCGAACAGAACUGGGCGCAAUUACGCACGGCGAGUACCAUGGCACCGAUUUUGGAUAGACGUGCCCCCGCUUUGCUUUUGGUUUGGAGCUACUGCGUCCUGGCGGAUACAGCUUUUACGAACUUUACGUUGGACAACGAGUUCCACUCCAGCUUCAUCCACCGUCGGCUGAAGAGCCAGGAGCGCAGAGAGAUGCAGCGGGAGAUCCUGUCGAUCCUGGGGCUGCCGCACCGGCCGCGACCCCACCUCCACGGGAAACACAACGCUGCACCGAUGUUUAUGUUGGACUUGUACAACGCCAUGUCCACAGAGGGGGACGAGGACAGAUACUCCUACCCCUACAAGCCCGUCUUCACCACCCAGGGCCCCCCGAUAGCCAGCCUGCAAGACAACAACUUCUUAAACGAUGCAGACAUGGUCAUGAGCUUUGUCAAUUUAGUUGAACAUGAUAAGGAAUUCCUACCCGUGCGGCGGCAUCACCGAGAGUUCAGAUUCGACCUAUCACGGAUCCCCGAGGGUGAGGCGGUCACUGCUGCUGAGUUUCGGAUAUAUAAAGACUUCAUCCACGAACGUUACGAUAACGAGACCUUCCGCAUCAGCGUCUACCAGGUGCUGGAGGAACACACUGACAGGGAGUCAGACCUGUUUCUGCUGGACUCGCGGGUGAUCUGGGCGGCAGAGGAGGGCUGGUUGGUGUUUGACGUGACAGCCACCAGUAACCACUGGGUCCUGAACCCUGGCAGGAACCUGGGACUUCAGCUGGCCCUGGAGAGCACGAAUGGAGAGAGUAUCAACCCUCGUGUGGCAGGGCUGAUUGGUCGCAGCGGGCCUCAGAACAAACAGCCCUUCAUGGUGGCCUUCUUCAAAGCCACCGAGGUGCACCUGCGAAGCAUCCGCUCAGCACCAGGGGGGGCCAAACAGCGUAACCCCAACCGCUCCAAAGGGGCGAAGAGCCAAGAGGCGCUCAGAGUGGCCAAUGUUGCAGAAAACAGCAGCACUGAUCAGAAGCAGGCGUGUAAGAAGCAUGAGCUCUACGUCAGUUUCAGAGACUUGGGGUGGCAGGACUGGAUCAUCGCUCCAGAGGGAUAUGCAGCGUACUAUUGCGAGGGGGAGUGUGCCUUCCCGCUGAACUCCUACAUGAACGCCACAAACCAUGCCAUUGUGCAAACCCUUGUUCAUUUUAUUAACCCGGAGACGGUUCCUAAGCCUUGUUGUGCCCCCACACAGCUCCACGCCAUUUCAGUGCUCUACUUUGAUGACAGCUCCAACGUCAUCCUCAAGAAAUACCGCAACAUGGUGGUCAGAGCUUGUGGCUGCCACUAGACUGUCAGCAUCUUCACAGAGAGACACACACAUGCAGUAUGCACACACACACACACACACACACACACACGUGAGUAGAGAGGGCUUCUCCUUGCUGUUGAAAGCAUUGAGGAUGAGGAAGCCGAGUUCCAAGUGUGGAGCACCGUCAUGUUUUCGAGGCUGUCCAAACGUAGACACGGUGGCGAGCGGCCGAGCAGGAAUUUCAAUCGAGUUCAGACCCUCGGCCACACACACACACACACACACACACACACACACACACACGUUUGUGCUUCCUACUGUGUAUACAAGACAUUAAAAGCAGUGAUUGUACUGUAUAUUCAUUCACAGUCAACAAUCUUUUGUUUCUUUCAGUAACUGUUAUUGUAGUUCAUUCUCUUACUGUAGAUUUCUAUGCAUAUGUAUAUUUUUAUGACUGAGAGACCUGGAUGGAUGUUCUGAAUUUCUUCCAUGUACAAUGCUGUGUAAAUAGUUGUUUUCAAACAGAACAAGAAGUGUAUUUAUUUCCUGGAAUGUCACGUGGGUUUUGUGUUUUCUCCUGUAUGUGAUGCUGCCCGUUCUCCUCGACACACACGAACUCUGAGGGAACGCAAACGAACCUGACGGAGAGCGCCGAGUUCAAACUCGAGCCCUCUCCGCGCCUCACGUGCGCACGGACGCUACACACUGAUGGUGGGAGGCAAUCUAUGACAGCCCGGAUCUGCAGGAACACACACAUUUCACCAGUGGAAGCUGUUACACACACCUGACGCACAUUUUUAUAGCGACAAUCAGCUGAACUGUCGGGUUGGGGGGUGGAGUGGGUUUGGGGAGGGGCUUUGUUUUGCA